AUGAGUUUAUUGUUAUAUGUAUACCCCGCGCUCAUCAGCAAACCAUGGCAAUUCAACAAGGGCAUCCACUUCGAUGGUAUUUCUAACAAAUAUUCAUUCCAGCAUUGUAAUAGAAAAGCUUUUCUUGUACCCCUAACACCUAAUCAAGUGCAUGAGGAUCAAGAAAGCCUACAAAAGGAAUGGGAGAUUGAGAAUGAAAAGAGACAAAAAGAGAAAGCCAAGAGUAUAAAAGUGAGUGAGUUGGCUAAGCAAUGUGAGAGGAAAAAGGCUUAUUUAGAGUCAGCCAAAGAGAGUUUUGAAGAUUUCUUCCCCGAGGAGAUCCCAAGUGGACUACUACCAAUAAGGGGGAUCAAGCAUCAAAUCGAUUUGGUUUUGAGAGCUUCACUUCUUAACAAACCAGCUUAUAGGAUGGAAUCAGAGGAGACUAAAGAGCUUCAAUAUCAAGUAGAUGAGCUCUUGAAGAAAGGAUGGGCAUGA